CUAGGCAUUUGUCUCCGGAUCAGCUCGGCGCGCACGGAUUACUUUUUAAUUUGUACUUUUUUUUUUAAAGGAUUCUGAUCUAAAAUACUCAUUUCAAUCAUAUUUGGAACAAUAUCUUAAUUGUUAUAAGCGAGGACUGCAGAGAUCCAUCGGAGUACUACAGAUCAACGUUUCAUCUUUUAGAAACUGAGCAGAGAAGGACACAAAUACAACUGUGAACUUCUGCGUUUUGAAUCCUUGAAAAUAGUUUUCAGCCUCUGGAACAAUAAACAAGACUUUAAGAUUCAUACAUGCAACUGCAGAGAGACAAAGAAAAGAUAUUUAAACACUGAUCUGUUUUUAAAAAAUCCCGCAUUUUUAAGACUUUAUUUUUUGUGUCGGAGUGCGUAAAAACGCGCGGGGGCUCUAUGGCGCACAUGUGUAGGAAGAUCACCGGCAGCGCGGCGAGCUGUGCGGGCUGGGUCGGGAUCAUCGUCGCCACGGCCACCAACGACUGGGUCCGGACCUGCGAAUACACGGUGGCCACCUGCGUCCGCAUGGACGAGCUGGGCUCCCGGGGACUCUGGGCAGAGUGCGUCAUCUCCCCGGCGCUUUAUCACUGCGUGGCCCUGAACCAGAUCCUCACCCUGCCCGCACACGUCCAGACGUCUCGCGCUCUGAUGAUCUGCGCAUGUCUGCUCGGUCUCCCUGCGAUGCUGCUGGUACUCACGUCGAUGCCCUGCAUCAGGCUGCAGAAUGACAGCUCCGCCAUCAAGCUGCUCCGCGCCCGGGUGGGAGGCGUCCUCUUCAUCCUCAUGGGUGUGUGUGGCAUCAUAUCGACUGUCUGGUUCCCCAUCGGCACUCACCAAAAAGAGGGUCUGAUGUCGUUUGGCUUCUCUCUGUACGCCGGCUGGGUCGGCUCCGCUCUCUGUCUCGUGGGCGGCUCCAUGAUCUUGUGCUGCUAUGGCACCGACCCCGGGGCCCCGAGCAGGGAAAACAGCUUCUACUACUCCAGACAGCGGGCCACGGCCAUGCCGCUGGACCCCCCCGCCAACCACGCCAAGAGCGCACAAGUGUGAAGAUGUGGUUCUCUGUCCCCCAUUUUACAGACUGUAGAUUAUCAUAAUCAAGUCUGUGCAUAUCUCUGUUUUUACAUUUAGCAACUUUGAGAAUGAGUUAUAAUACUGAGCAUGUCGGGGUUUAGUGCCUUCACAGGGCAGUCAGGAGCCAUACACAGUUACAGAAACGUCCUCUGAGGCAGAAAUAAUCUCAUCAGUUGAAUUAAACAUAUCGUUUAUAGUUUUUCUGACAAAACUAUUGUUAGGUCAGAUAUUAUAUUGCCGCCUUACAAAACAAAAUCAUAUCAUCAGUCAGACAUUUUGCGCUGAAUUCCAAUCACAUGAAUUGAAUCAAAGAAGUACAACUGUUUGCCUCGAGUUCAACAAACUUCACCAACCUUUGUUGACUAAUUAAAUAAGAUUAACAGAAUUUACCUUAGAAGGAGCGCUCACAAAAUGGAGUCCAAUAUGGAGGAAAUGAAUGCUGUUUCAUUGAGUUGCAGUGUUAGCGCCCUGUGGGUUUUGCAGUCAGUCAUGAUACGGACUAAAUGGUGUAACUGUGUUCUUAAAUGGGCUUUUUUUAGGUGGUGAACUAACUCAACAGCACACGAGCUACUAACGUAGCUAGGUACAGUUCUUUGUUUUUACAUGAUUUGAAAAUAGCAAACUGUUGCUUGCAUGUAUUGAUGAGCUCCUGUCAUUUCAGAACUUGUUACUUUAAUUUUAAUGAUUAUUCUACUUUAAAUAGCAUGAACACAUUUCAGUUAUAUUACCUGAAGUACAGAGAAUUAAUUAGAUAUUACCUGCUUUCAUUUAAUCCCUCACACAUAGGUUGUUUUAUGCACCAAUAACUGUAUAACUUUUUGCAAAUUUAGACUCUUUGUAUUAAGUGUAUAAUCAAUAUGUAUCAACUGCGUGCUUGUAUUGUAAGAUUUCUGGCUGGUGCUACAAAUAAUAAAAGUUUCUAAAUAAUUAA